UGACAGGCAAGUUUCAAUAGAGGAAGGAGAAGCCAAAGCUCGUGAAAUGAAUGUUAUGUUCAUCGAAACCAGUGCCAAGGCUGGUUUCAAUAUCAAGGCACUCUUUCGGAAGAUUGCAGCAGCCCUACCUGGAAUGGAGACACUUUCUUCUACAAAGCAAGAGGAUAUGGUUGAUGUAAACCUCAAGUCCUCCAAUCCAAAUGCUUCACAGUCACAGGGACAGUCCGGAGGGUGCGCAUGCUAGAUCCUUGAAUUACAUGGGUUUCAAACUCCACUUUUUCGCACCAUUCUUAUGUGCUUUGGUGAUCCAGCUCUUUGUAAAGCUUAGUUGCCCCAGUUCUGAGUUCCGCCUUUUUGUAGCUUUGGAGGAGUAUUGUGUUUGGUUGAUUGUUUUACGAUAUUUGCACUGUUUAGAAUACCAGAGACUUACAGAUCUUAAGUUAAAAGUAAUAGAAGACACCUCUUUAUAUGAUUGUAAUUUAUGUCCGCAGUGUCUGAAACGCUAGUCUAUCCCUAUUCCAGCAGUUUGAGUUACAAUUUUCUGUCUUCGAUAUUGAUUGGGAUAUCACAGUGCAUAAGUGUCCACUUUGGCAGUAGUGGUAAAUCAAGAGAUUAUUGUACCAGAAGUCAAGGGAUCUGAAUUUGAUUCAUUGAUUCAUUACAACUUGAAUAUCUGAGACAACUGGUUUUUACUAUUUUUAUAGAGAAAACCUUCUCUAUUAUUGUGGCGCUUAUUCUGAAUCUGCGAUUAAACUCGCGAUAACGAGUUGUAGGAAG